UUUUGCUAGAAAUAAUUUAAGCUUUAUUUUAAAAACUACUUCCUGAAUGUGGAGAGGCAGUGACUCUGAAAUGGAAUUGCAGAGCAAAUUACCAUGAUUCAAUAAACCUUAUUAGUUUUGAAUUAAGCCCAUUGUAACAAUUCUGAUUUGUGGCAAGUAUUGUUGAUGUGAGUUAUUUUUGUGAUUUGAUACUAGGCACCUGCAGGGAGAAAAAGUACGAAGUGUUAUUCGUAGACCACUGCAGUUAGAAUAUUUAUUUGCAGGUAGUCAAAUAAUUCAUAAGUGACGAAAAGCAUCUGCCGUUAGUGGUGACUUAAGCCAGGGGAAAAUGAAAUUAGUUACGUGUUUCCACUGAAGGCAGUAGAAAGUGUUCUGUUAGGGGGAUACUGUUUUGGCCAAUCUUGGUGAAUAAGCGGAUUUGCACAGUAGAGUUAAGAAAGAGAGUCCAGUUAGUGUGAUACAGAAUUGCUGGUCACACUGGUUUCUCCAGCUUGUUGGUUGUUCCCAGAUGUCCUCAUUUGGAGAUGCCAAAGAUAGCAACCACUGGGUGUCAGCUGGGUGUCAGCUGCCCAGCCAUGUGACCUUGUCUUAACUGGCAGAGUCACUUGCAAGUCAUUUGCAGCCUCCUCCUAGCCACUGGCCAGCCUCAGUGUUCCCUGCUAAUUCUUGAUUUUCUGUUUGCAUGUUGCAGUUCAUUUCACAAAAUAUAUGGAAGUAGCAUUUACUACUUGUGACUUUACCCUAAAGAAGAAAUUUUCUUUCAGAGCACUUCAAAGCCUACUCUAGGUUUUUGAAUUAGUUUUGGAACCACCUUUCAACUAAGUUGAGGAGGCCAGUAAUUUGGAGGUCUUUUUUUUUUCCAGGUACUCCUUUCCAUGUUUUUCAGCUAUAAUUUAUAUAACCAGUAAGCCUAACUGAUUAAGUCUCGGUAUGAAAUAUAAGCAAUAGCAGUUACAUUCCUGACAGGGAAGCUAACUAAAGCUCAAAGAUAUUAAGUCAGAGAUACGAAAAUGAACCACAGAUCAGUCACUCAGCCGGAAACAGAAGUCUUGUUGAGAAUGGGGAUCCUGUGAUGUGAUCCAUACAGCCUCUUUUCCUGGUCAAACUUUAGUGGUUGGGAUAACAAUGCAUAAAGAAACAAUAAACUAUAAAACACUCCUAGAAGAAUGGUUUAGGAAUCUGAUCAUGCUUCGGUAAAUGCUAGCACCUGUUUUUCUUCUGCAAAGGAGAACAAUGAAUCAUUCUUUCCAGGACACUGGCUCUUGUGGCAUACACGAAGAUGGAAAGCUGUAUGUCGUGGAUUCCAUAAACGACUUAAACAAAUUCAACCUCUGCCCUGCCGGAUCGCAGCAUCUGUUUCCUCUAGAGGAGAAGGCCCCAGGCCUUGGCACUAAUUCAGGAAACGGAAGCCGGAGUCUGUUUUUCAUGGGGCUGCUAAUUGUGCUGAUUGUCAGCCUGACACUGGUUUUCUUCGUGAUAUUCCUGAUAAUUCAGACUGGAAACAAGAUGGAGGAUGUGUCGCGGCGAUUAGCAGCGGAGGGAAAGGACAUAGAUGACCUGAAGAAAAUCAACAGUAUGAUCGUCAAGCGACUCAACCAGCUGGACUCUGAGCAGAACUGAAGCUGCUAAAUCUGGAGCUUUUUACUUUCCUGGGAGAGCACAGGGUUAAGGACCGAGAAAGUGCACUUCGCCAGGCAGUGGAUGAUCUCAUCAGCAAAACCAAGUCUGGGUCAGGGCUGUGAGCAGCUCCAAGGCAAGCAGGGUUGGAGCCAGCAGCUGGAAAGGGGCGAACUUAGCCUCAUUUUCUGGUAGGGUACUUCAGCUUGCAUGGGGUUGGGGGGUGCCUAGCAUGGGGGUGAACCAGCAGAAAGCAAGCGGGUCCUGUCACAUACAACGUCUCUUUCAAAAGAGCUCGGUCUAGAGUUCGCUGUGCCAAGGAGGUCCACGGUACCUCCCACACCUUUGCAGGUUCCUGUGAAAGCCUUCAUAGCAAGUCGGGUGGGCUUCAUUGCAAGUUGCGGCUGUGAAGUGAUUGCUGGUGGAAACAUAGGUGCUUGUUAGGGCUACCGGGCAGGCCAGGGAUCAACAGAAAAGCUGAAUUAAUUCAGCCAACGUUUAUUGAGCCUCUGCUUGUGCAAAUCACGCCUCUUUAGGGGAGCUCACCUGUAAGUGUGGAGGAAGAAGACCCAUAUGGCAUUAGAUAAACCUUACUUUCUCAUGAAGGAAAUGUUCCCUUAGUAUCCUUUUCAUUGAUCUGGAGUAAACACAAAAUAUGGUAUGUACCUAUUUUCCCACUCAAACAUCUGUACUGCAUGCUUUUUUUCUUAGACUAGAUAGCAAGGCAGAACAUUUUUAAAAUCUGAAAUUUGUGUUCACUGAAAAAUUCUUAUUGAUCUGUUGAUAAAGUAUUUAUUUUCAGGGCUGUAAAAUUGUCUCAGGUGCUACCAGGGAUUUGAUGUAACAACUCUAAAAAUUUCUACUUCUUUCUGUUUGCUCUUAUGACACUUUUUUCCCUUCUCAACUUAUGCAGUGUACAUAUUUAAUGCUGAGGAAUAAAUGCUGAAUAAUAAAUGA